UCUAAAACAUGGCCGCCGAGUUUUAUGUUGUUGUCAAUUUUGUGAAAUCACAUUUGUUUUAAUUUAACGAGCAUUUCAAGUGAAAUCUACACGACAAAGUGCAAGUUCAUUAAAUCAGGGCUGAUAAUAUUAGUUUUAUUCAUAUGAUAAGUAUAACUUGAAUUUUAUGAUGACUGAAAUCGAUGAGUUCAAUCAAUACCAGAAGUCUUCUAAAACUGGAAAACAGCAUAAUGUUUUACCGAUAUGGGGUAACGAACAGACCAUGAACUUGAAUCCACUAAUAUUAGCCAAUAUUCAAGGCUCUAGCUACUUCAAAGUGCACCUGUUCAAGUUGAAGACCUACCAUGAGGUGGUAGACGAAAUAUAUUAUCAGGUGAAACACCUUGAGCCGUGGGAGCGUGGUAGCCGCAAGACAUCAGGCCAGACCGGCAUGUGUGGCGGCGUACGAGGUGUGGGUGCUGGUGGAAUUGUGUCCACUGCUUUCUGUCUCCUCUACAAGCUGUACACUCUCCGGUUGACACGAAAACAAGUUAACGGGUUGUUGCAACACACUGACUCUCCAUAUAUCAGAGCACUGGGCUUCAUGUACAUUCGAUAUACACAACCACCAGCUGAUCUAUUUGACUGGUAUGUGGAUUACUUUGAAGAUGAAGAAGAGGUUGACCCCCGUGCUGGAGGUGGUGCAUCCACAACUAUUGGAGCACUAGUACGACAAAUGCUUGUAAAACUUGACUGGUUUAGCACGUUGUUUCCAAGGAUACCUGUUCCCAUCCAGAAACAGAUUGAACAGAAAUUAGCAGAGCACAAUCGCAGUAUUGCACCAACAAAGCCGGCCCCAGCGGCAAGGGCCUCCUCCUACAACCCAGGACGGAUGGAAUCUGAUCGCCGCGACCACGACGACCGCGACCGCAGGGACUACGACGACCGCGACCGCAGGGACUACGAUGACCGCGAUCGCAGGGACUACGCCGAUAGGAAUGGAGGUGACAGAUACUCAAAGGACAGAUCAAAGCGCGAGGAUAGAGAGCGCGACCGCGACCGAGAGCGGCGUGACCGACGCGACCGGCGCCGCUCUCGGUCGCGCGACCGGCCGCGACACCGGGACCGCUCGCGGGAACGACGGCACAGAUAAACGCAUCAAACUGUGACAUCCGCACUAUCAAUGUCUUUUAUAAUAAAUUGUUUUUUUUCUCUA